AAAAAAUCCAAAAAAAAAAACCAAAAUCACAGAGAGGUCGCUGCAAAAUUCCAAAUCUCUCUCUCUUUCUCUCUCUCCCUCCAGAUUUGAACGAUCCGAUCCAAGUUUUAGAGAUCCGGUGAGAAAGAUGUCUACGUUCAGCGGCGAUGAAACUGCUCCGUUCUUCGGCUUCCUUGGCGCCGCAGCCGCUCUCGUCUUCUCCUGUAUGGGAGCUGCUUAUGGGACAGCAAAGAGUGGUGUUGGUGUGGCUUCAAUGGGAGUGAUGAGACCUGAGUUGGUCAUGAAGUCUAUUGUCCCUGUAGUUAUGGCUGGUGUUUUGGGUAUUUAUGGACUUAUUAUUGCUGUUAUCAUCAGUACUGGUAUCAAUCCCAAGGCUAAGUCUUACUACCUCUUUGAUGGGUAUGCACAUCUUUCCUCUGGUCUUGCUUGUGGUCUUGCUGGACUCUCAGCUGGUAUGGCCAUUGGAAUUGUCGGAGAUGCGGGCGUCAGGGCAAAUGCGCAGCAGCCUAAGCUCUUUGUCGGGAUGAUUCUUAUCCUCAUCUUUGCAGAAGCGCUGGCUCUUUACGGCCUCAUUGUAGGCAUCAUCUUAUCUUCUCGAGCUGGUCAGUCCAGAGCAGAUUGAGGAACACAAACGAAUGUCAAAAUUUCCAGGUACUUGCUUAUCGAUCAACUUAUUUGUGCGGUAUGUAGCAUCGGGAGCUGAUAUUUCGUGGAUUCUUGGAACUUUGUAUGUGAAGCCGAUAUUUAUGUGGAACUUUGUAUGUGCUCUUUCCUCGGUUGGUGGUUGCUUUAAGUGUAGGAUGUUAUUUGUUUGGUUCGGUAAUAAAAAAGAGCUUGGCAUUUGUUUUUUGUAUUCUUGUAUUGUCCGCAUUUGUCUUGAUGAACUUGAUAAUAUUUUGUUUAUAAAGAAGGUUGCUUCUGAUACCAUCUUGAGUGUUAUGAGAUUCAUCUUUUGGUGUCU